CUCACCCCCAUCCGGGCCCGGAGGAUGAUGAAGCUCAAGUCAAACCAGACCCGCACCUAUGACGGCGAUGGCUACAAGAAGCGGGCCGCGUGCCUGUGUUUCCGUAGCGAGAGUGAGGAGGAGGUGCUACUCGUGAGCAGUAGUCGCCAUCCAGACCGAUGGAUUGUCCCUGGAGGAGGCAUGGAGCCCGAGGAGGAGCCAAGUGUGGCAGCGGUCCGUGAAGUCUGUGAGGAGGCUGGAGUAAAAGGGACAUUGGGAAGAUUAGUCGGAAUUUUUGAGAACCAGGAGAGGAAGCACAGAACGUAUGUCUAUGUGCUCAUUGUCACAGAAGUGCUGGAAGACUGGGAAGACUCAGUUAACAUUGGAAGGAAGUGGGAAUGGUUUAAAAUAGAAGAUGCCAUAAAAGUGCUGCAGUAUCACAAACCGGUGCAAGCAUCAUAUUUUGAAACGUUGAGGCAAGGCUACUCAGCCAACAAUGGCACCCCGCUCGUGGCCACCACUUACUCAGUUUCUGCUCAGAGCUCGAUGCCAGGCAUCAGAUGACUGAAGAUUUCCUGUAAGAGAAAUGGAAAUUGGAAACUAGACUGAAGUGCAGGUCUUCCCUCUCACCCUUGCUCUUUCACCUCUCCUCACAG